GUAACUAAUUCGAUUUAUUUUGUUUAGACUUCAAUUUAAGAAUGGAGGAAAAUAUAUAAAGUGUGUAAAAAUCAAGUAUAUUUCUUCAGUCGUUACUCGAUCGUCACAAAAGAAAGAGGUCAUGGAUUUUAAAUUAGUGAAAAAUUUUAUUUUUUUCAUCAUGUGUACAAAUGUUUCAUUGACAAAAAGAAUUCAAACUUUUCAAUCACAAGAGUUGGAAAAAAUACUCUUCGUUUGAGAGGAUUCCUCUCAUUUCAUAUGCAAAUUAUUCAAUAAACAAUAUCGUGUCUAUCCUGAAUUAGUAUUUUUCUUAAUCAAAGUGGAUACUCUAUUGAAUUAAAAGGAAACAACAAAGUUUCCACUAUGAAACAAAAUUUGUAUUCUACUCACAUAUCCCAAAAUCGACAACUGAAAGCAUUACAAAGGGUUAUUGACUUUAUGGCUGACAGACCCGAGGAAAUGAAUAUAGAUGCUAUUUUUGGUUUAACUUUAGGCGAAGCUCACUUGAUAAGUGCAUCAUCUCAUUCUAACGUGCGUUUAUUAACUUGGGAACAAAAAAAUAAUUUAAAGAAACUUUUAAAAAAGUGCAAAAAAAUAAGAAAUCAAAUGAAGAAAAUCCUUUCUAUUAAAAGCGAAAUAGACUCCAUUGGAUACAGUAAUCUGACUGACCCAAUAUAUUGGACAGGUCCAAUCGAUUGGAAAAGUGAUUUUUUAAAAUCAACUGUCCCACGAAAAUUAAUUGCGAAUCACGAGACAAUUAUGAAUCUAUUAUGGAAUGGAAGACCUAAUGAAGAUGAAAGUGACAGCUGUAUUGUAGAUACAUUCAAGGAAGUUGAACAAAACAUAUGUCAAAUAACGGAUGAUUGUGAAAUGAUGCUUUCGGAAGAUGAUAAUCCCCAAGGUUUUGCCACAACACAUAGACUUCUUCUCAUUAUGGUGUCAAAAGCCUUUGACUGUGAGGAAUUAAAAAAAAUUUCGUCAGACAAACUCAUUCCAAAAUUUUGUUCUUCAAUUUUACAAAAUCUAAUUGACAUCGAGAGAGUUGGAUUUCCGGCCCCCCUUCCGGAUUUAGUUAUGGAAGAAGUCCUUUUAUGUGGAGCACAAGGUUAUUUGGAAUUUAUUAAUGAUCAUUGGCUAAAUAUAAUCUUAAACUGGCAGGAACCAAGUGGCUGUUUUAGUGCGUCUCCAAAGACACACAAAUCACGAACACGAAGAUCGUCGAAUGUUAUUGAUUUUGGAUGUGAAAAUCAUACAACUGGACUUGGUGUUGGUACUAUUGCUUUAUUCAUUAGACAUUAUAUAGAAAACGCCAACAUUAAUGAAGAAAACUAUUAUUUUGAAUAAAUUUUUAUAAUUUU